AUGAUCGGACCGGGUCUCUCCUGUUUCACAGCGAUUCGCGGCAGCGGACAGACUCGCAUUUCCUUUCUGCGCGAGGACACAGUCGGCGUGCGCUCCCUGUACCUCACCAUGUGGUCCCAUGAUAUGAGACUGGUAACAUGCAGAGUAGAUUCCAGUCCACAAAUUACGGAAAGAUAUCACACUCUCUGCAAGAGAAGCGACCCACGUGGUCAAGAGAUCAGCGGGAGGUUUAAUAUCAGCGGCAUAUUGUUGGCGCUGCAGAAAGCCGACUGCGCGCUUCUUGCAUCCUCCAGUGCGUCAAGGGUUACCAGGCGAACAAGAAGCGAUGACACGGAGAGAAAAGCUCGGAGAAAACGCGCCUGGAUCCUGCCGGGCACGCUGUGGUGCGGCAGUGGAAGCACAGCGGGCGGAUAUGAAGAAUUAGGGAUGUUUGAGGGUGCAGACAGAUGCUGCCGUGAGCACGACCACUGCCUGCAUAUCAUCCCAGCCUUCACGGUGAAUUAUGGAGUCUUCAACCACAACCUCUUCACCGUCUCGCACUGUGAGUGUGACCAAAGGUUUCGACAGUGCCUUCUGGGCAUGAAUGAUAGCAUUUCUAAUAUGGUAGGCUACAGCUUCUUCAACAUCCUCCGGAUUCCCUGCUUUGAGCUUAAACGGCAGAGGCGGUGCACUGAGAUGUACUGGUGGGGGAUGUGCAAAGUAGCCAAAGAAGCUCCAUAUGCUGUCUUCAGAAGCCCCCUCCCUUACAACACCUCUAAUUUUGAGCAAAAAUAUGUGGACACUGACGGCGACAGGUUACCAAGUAAAGCGGAGCAGCACGUAACUCCGAGCCCUGUGACAAGUCCUCGCAGAAAGUCAUCUAAAACUCAGCAUCAGUGUGGCUUCAAAGACCCACCCAGAGGAGACACUUUCCACCGCAGACGGACAAAAGCGAGAGGAUGUAGAAGACACCAGAAACUUCAUGGAGCAGCACCUUCACAAAUGCCUCCAACAGCAAGGGCACACACUGCUGCUUUGUCAGUGGAAACAGGUCUUUUAAAGGCUCCUAAAAGUAGCUUACUGAAUAAAGAAAAAGAUGGAAAAAGCCAACCUAUCAGGAGCCGUGGUUCACCACAGCUCCGCUCAAAUUCUGUUCCACAGAUUUCAUCCACAGCAUCACCAGGUACACAGAGGACAGAUCAUCAGCUGCACCAAACAAUGGCCUUUACAGCAGUGACCAAAACCAGCAAAAGUCACAAAGAAGUCACCAAGAAAAGUCGCUGUUGUGGACACAGGUUGCGUGUGAGGGGAGAGGCUUUUCAGUCACGUUGUAAAAGCUGUUUGAAACAAAUAAGAGAAUCUCGUAUGAAAACAACUACCGAUGGAUUACCAGGCAAACUGACUACACACAAAAAGACAACAGAAACACCCACGUCAAACACGUUGGUAGCACUCAGGAAUGCAGCUACUUUUCCAAGACUCAGCACUACAAAACUGAAGACGACAGCCCUGCUUAAUGCGGGUGAUGCGACACAAAAGCAGGUGGACUCCUAUCUGCUGAUGAAGAACUCAAAUCACAAUAUAGCACAUAGUACCCAUACAGAGAAAAGCCUUAAACAAAAUGAAACAUCGAGUAAUAUAACAGAUAACCAGCUCCUGUGUGAAAGCCUCAAACAUCUGGACUACUGUAAAUUCAAAAUCCCUCCUUUUGAGAAAAAGUAUGGCCUCCAGAACAUGGAGUCAAGGACUGCGUAUCACUGUGAUUGCACCAGCCGCUUGGCUGUUCAGAUUGAAAGCCUGCGGCGACCCAGUAUUCUCCCCUCUCUCAUGCUGGAUUUCGUCUCUCAGCAGUGCUUUACACUGCCAAAGGAGAAGAAAUGCCACAGCAAAAAGAGCUGUUCCAGAGGCUUCGCUAAAGCCCCUGACCUACAUCAAGUGCUUAAGAAGAUAGAAGAAAAAGACUCUGCUGGGGUGCAAGUUUCAGGCAGUGACAGAAAAAGAGGGAUUCCUGUUCGCCUUUAUAAGCGAUGCCUGAGGCUAGAAAGCGGAGCUGAUAUUAUGGCACGGUUCAGAUGA